AUGUCCUCGUCGUCGCGGAAGAUCUCCUCCGAGUCGUUCAGCAGCUCGGUGGGCUCGGACUGCGGGCUCGAAAGCCCCGGGGGAGACGGAGGUGACAGCGGUUUGGAGCCGGCGGAAGAGAGCCGAGGCUGCCCCUUCUCCUCUUUCCCUUCUUCCCACAGAGCGGUGCUCUGGAACGGCCGCAGCCUCGCCGAGAGGUCGGCGUGCCCGGCGGGCGAGGAGCAGCAAGGACCCCACAAGAGGGUCACAAGGAGGAGGCGGGUGAACCUGGACUCCCUGGGGGAGAGCCUGAGGCGACUGACCUCACCCACGACACAGACUGUUCAGGAGGCUCUGCAGCGAACUCUACAAUUCUACAGACAACAAGAGAUCAGGUGCCAGGAAGUUGGCAGUGAGGAGAGGCGACGAGAGAAGAGAGAGGAGAAGUGCCCAUUUCUAGAAAACUCUGGGUCAGAGGAAGAUGUCCUACAAAUCCUACAGUACAUGGCCACCAUACUGGGGGUACCAUUCUGUGAGCUACGGGAACAUUUUGGGGAAGAGUUCUUUGGCCUCUGCUUUGAAGAAAACGAACGAGUGCUUCGGGCUGUAGGUGGCAACCUCCAGGACUUCUUCAAUGGCUUUGACGCCAUUUUGGAACACAUUCGCACCUCCACGGGGCGCCGUGCCUCAUCUGAGAGUCCCUCCUUCCAGUGCAAGGAUCCCCACGAGGAGGAGAAAGGGAGAAGAAAAUUGGACAAAAUUGGAGAGCGAGGAGAAAGUGAUAGAAGAGGGAAGGUGUUGCUUCUUCAUUGUUUCAAUCCUGCUCCUGUUGUUGGAUUGGUCAUGCCAGGGUUGAUCAGAGCUGUUGCCAGGCGGAUCUUUCAUUCAGAAGUUGAGGUGGAGGAGGUACCACCUCUAACUCCCUUAUUGCCUAAUGAAGAUACAGAACACACAGACGGCGACUCCACAACCCCAACUCCAACUACGUCCCCCACUGCCUCACCCUCCUCGUCCCCGUCCCCUCCGUCUCCUUUUCCAACCUCUGUUCCCACAGUUUGUCUGUCCUUCCAAAUCCAGGAGACAUGCCCUUCCUCCCUCUCUUCCCUCCCAAAUGCCGCUUCAGUGAGCACCAAACGUCCCCCCCUCUCACUCUCCACCAACCCCAGUGAUCUGCGCAUUGGCCUGGCCACGUUUUGCCGUGCCUUUCCAUUCCACCUUGUCCUGGGGCCUCGCAUGGAGCUACUGCAGCUCGGAGAAGGACUGAGGAGACAGGCUCGCAUUGAGCCUCACCGGAGCCUCUCAUUCAGGGACUGUUUUGAGAUUGUCUCGCCCAAGAUGGAGCCUUCGUUCCAGGGUAUCUUGCUGAGGCUUGCUUCCCCAUUUACCAUCCGUACCAGGCCUGACACCACACAGGCUGGCACCAAGGAGAAGGUCAUGGAAUUGAAGGGUCAGAUGAUCCAUGUGCCCGAGUCCUGCUCUCUGAUGUUUCUGGGCUCGCCACGUGUUGAUAAGUUGGAGGAGCUGAUGGGCAGGGGCCUCCACCUGUCAGAUAUCCCCAUCCACGAUGCUACGCGGGACGUUAUCCUGGUGGGGGAGCAGGCCAAGGCCCAGGAUGGCCUGAAGAAAAGAAUGGACAAACUCAAGGCCACAUUAGAACGGACUCACCAGGCGCUGGAGGAGGAAAAGAGGAGAACCGUGGAUCUCCUUUACUCCAUAUUUCCAGGUGAUGUGGCACAGAAACUGUGGCAGGGUCAGCCGGUGCCCGCUCGCAAAUUUGAUGACGUCACCAUGCUGUUCUCGGACAUCGUGGGUUUUACUGCUGUGUGUGCCCAGUGCACACCGAUGCAGGUCAUCUCCAUGCUGAACGAGCUUUACACACGCUUCGACUACCAGUGUGGCAUCCUGGAUGUUUACAAGAUCGAGACAAUAGGUGACGCCUACUGUGUGGCAGGAGGACUUCACAAGAAGGUUGACAGUCACGCAAAGCCAAUUGCUCACAUGGCUCUGAAGAUGAUGGAGCUCUCCGAGGAAGUGUUGACACCUGAUGGGAAACCUAUUAAGCUGAGGAUAGGCAUCCACACAGGCUCGGUGCUGGCAGGUGUGGUCGGCGUUAAAAUGCCGCGUUACUGCCUGUUCGGGAACAAUGUGACACUGGCCAGCAAGUUUGAAUCGGGGAGCCAUCCGAGGUGCAUCAAUGUUAGUCCCACAACUUACCAGUUGCUGAAAGACGACCGUUCAUUUUCAUUUGUCCCUCGUUCACGACUGGAGCUCCCUGAGAAUUUUCCCAAAGAGAUCCCAGGGACAUGCUACUUCCUGGAGGCGGGGACAUCUCACAGUCAUGCCUCGCUGACCAGCUCUCGCUCUGCUCCCCCGGCCUCUAUGAGGAAAGUCUCCUACAGCAUUGGGACCAUGUUUCUAAGAGAAACAAGUUUGUAG